AUGUGUCACCAGGAAGUCACAGCCAACGGCUGGACCAGCAUGCCGGUCAAUGCAGGUGCCACCUUUGGUGACCAGCCUUUCAUCAACAAGCCGGAGAAUCUUCCACUCCGCGACAUCGAAUUCCCGUUUGAUGAACCCGUAGUCGCAAAGACUUUAAAAUAUGCAAAGGAGGUCCUGCACCCGGAAACGUUGAACCACUCAAUGAGAGUCUAUUUCUAUGGCAUGGCCAUCAGCAAACAGCAAUUCCCGGAGCAUGCCGCUGCUCUCAGCCCAGUCACCUGGGCUCUGACUUGCUUGCUGCACGAUCUUGGCACCGCCGAGCAGAAUCUGACAGCAACCCGGAUGUCCUUCGAUCUUUACGGGGGUAUCAAGGCCCUCUCUGUUCUCGAGGAUUUCGGUGCGACGACCGACCAGGCCGAGGCAGCCGCCGAAGCAAUCAUCCGACACCAAGAUCUGGGUGUUGAUGGAACAAUCACGUACAUCGGGCAGCUCGUUCAGCUGGCCACGAUUUAUGACAACAUAGGCGUCCACCCGCACGUCCGGGAUUUUGAGCAACUGAUUCACAAGGACACCCGCGCCGAGAUCAAUGAGGCCUAUCCGCGCCACAAGUGGUGUACGAUAUUCGCCGGCGUCAUUCGCACGGAGGAGAAGAUCAAGCCUUGGUGCCAUUCGACUCAUCUUGUCAACUUUGCCAAUGAGGUCGAGGCCAACACGCUCAUGAAGCAAUGGGAAUGA